UCCGUGUGUCGUGCCCAGUCCCGUCCAGCAGGCGGCGCUGUGGCGCCGUGUUGCAUGAGUCGGAUGGUCGGCUGGCGGCGCCUCCUCACACAACUCGGGGGGCGACGCGUCCAUUGCUGACGGAGGAUGGCGAGCUCCACGCUGCUGUCGUUCAACGUCUUCCUCACGGAGCGCCUGACCGCCGCGGCCGUCGACAUCUACGGCUUCGUGGAGAAGACGGUCCUGGACCACCAGGAGGAGGUCUACCAAACCCGGCUGGAGAACCAGAGGCUGCGGCGGCUGCUGGAUCUGGUCUACAAGCCGGAGAUACGGCUGCGCAGGGCAGAUGCCGAGCAGCCGACCGCACCGACACCGGCGGAGGAGGUCGCCCCGAAGCGGCAGCAGUGGAGCCCGGCCGUGUGCCGCGACCAUCCGGGACCCUCCCAGAUGGAAGAGGAGCCCGAGGAGCCAAAGGAGGAGCUGUGGCUCAACGGGAUGGAGGAGCAACCCGCGGCGGAGGACAGCGAUGACGGGGAUGCCUUGACCAAAGAACUCAUCAAAACGGUGCAGCAGCUAGAAGACUGCCGAGCGGCGGAGGAGAGCCGAGGGCCCGAGCGAAGCCCCGAGGAGGACCCGGAGCACCCUCAGGAGAAGACCAGCACCACCUUGUACCGGUGCCACAUAUGCAACUACAUAUUCACCAAGAAGACGGUGCUCACGUGGCACCUGAAGACGCACGAAAGCAAGUCGCACGACGGCAAGGGGAACUUUGACUGUCACAUCUGUGGCAAGCGCAUACCGUGUCAGAGCAACCUGCAGAACCACAUGAGGGUGCACACCGGGGAGAGACCCUACAGCUGCCACUUCUGCGGCAAGUGUUUCAAGCUGAAGGGACACAUGACGGAGCACAUCAGGACCCACACGGGGGAGAAGCCGUUCAGCUGCCACGUCUGUGGCAAGUCCUUCAACCGGGGUUCCACCCUGAGGAAACACGUGCUGGCCAAGCACAAAGAGGAGAGGCCGUACAAGUGCGGGGACUGCGAGGAGCUGUUCACCGAGAGGCUGCUGAUGAAGAAGCACAUGAGGAAGGUCCACGGCGUCAAGCUGUCCACAAGUCAAAGUCCUGCGUAGGACCUCGGCACCACCCAGAGGGGAGACCUCGGUAUCCAGAACCUGAACCUUUUGUUCAAGAUGUUGCUUAUUCUACAUCAUGCGACACAUUCCCCUUUUUUCAUUCUCUCAAAUGUUAAAUGUCGCCGAUCGUAAACGGCCGUACUCUUGCUUUAAUAACAUCGUGUUUUUAAAGUUGUGACAUUGUGGAAACCGCCGGCUGAAGUUAUGGAUGGUUUAAUAUUUAAUGAUGCAGCCAAUCAAUAAACAGAGUUCUGGGGCA